AUGUUUCAUCAUAAUAAGGAAGAAUGUCCACCCGGAACAGUUCCUAUACAAAGAAUGAAAUAUAAUUUCUCUGAAGAAAAAUUAUUAAAUGAUGAUAUAUUGAUUAAAGACAUUCCCGGAGUUCACGUUGCAGAAACAUUUAUUCCACAAAGUUAUGCUCCUCUUUAUCAAGUUAAUGGGAUAAGUAGCCUUUAUAAUCCAAAAGUUGAGAAAGGUCAAAUAUCUAUGUCUCAUAUAUGGGUUGAAAAUGGACCUGUUCAAUCUUCCAACAGAAUAACUAUGGGAUGGCAUGUACAUCCAGCAAUGUACGGUGAUGCAAAGACCCAUUUUUAUACAUCGUGGACGGUUGACAGAAAGAAUUUCCCUGGUGGAUAUUUCCGUGACACAUCUACCUACGGUGGCCCAACUUAUGAGGUUUACAUGGCUAUUACUCAGGAUCCAAAGACAAAAAAUUGGUGGAUAAUUGCAGGAAAGGUAAACAUGGGAUAUUAUCCAGCAGCAUUGUUCUCGAACUUAGGGUCAGCAUCUAUUGUAGGAUGGGGUGGAAGAACGAAAGCCAACGUCGGUGGUCAUAGUCCUCCAAUGGGAUCUGGGCAUUUUCCUGAUGGAAAUAGGACUCAUGAAUCUUAUUUUAGAUCUCCCAAGAUUCAAGGUUCAUCACUGAUUGUUUAUACACCUGACUCUUAUAUGACCAAAGACUUCUCUGACAAUACUAAUUGUUAUGCUGUUAGUUACCAUGAUAAAUAUUACGGAGAGGUUUAUAAUGAAGGUGUGGUUCAAUUUGGAGGACCAGGAGGCAAGUGUGGAAUUUAA